AUGUUUGUGCGGCCAUCGUCUCAGAGGAGCUUAUCCCUCUCCAAGGUCAACACAUUACAUCGUCCACAACUGUUAUCAAGAUGCUUGACAGCCCGGCCGGGCUCCCUAGUGUCAAGUCACAGGCUACUCGUCACGCGACCAGACCUGCUACCAUGGCAAAGAAGUAGCGGACGAGUAAGCCGGGCCACUCAUCACGAGCGAUCGCUUGCCACAGCCAUAGACGAUGCCCGAUCUCAGAAGGAGUUGGAUCUGCCCUACGGUCUCCCCAUGUACGGUCAACGGUCGCCACCGCCGCCGCGAACCCUGGCCUCGUACGAAUUCAGACACUUCGAUCCCGCGAAACCUCUUAUAGUCAGGAAUGACUUUGAAGAGCCCGCAAAGUUACGAACCUCGGCCCAGGGUGUCCCCGGCGAUCUCGAGUCCAUGCUCUCUGUAUUCGAAGCCUGUCUCCAUGUACAGCAUCUCGACCGCGCAGCUCUCGUCCUCAAAAGACUCGAUGACACCGAGCUCAUGCCCGGCCCUGAACUAGUCAACUUACACAAUCGCUACCUGGCCGCCAACAUCGAGCGCUUCUACUCUCAUCCAGACAACAAGUGGGCCGAGUCAAUGCAGUCAUGGUACGAAACUCGAAUCCGCGCCCUGGGCCUUCCCCAGACGCCCGAAACUAUUGCCUACAUGCUCAAGAUCUCUCUCAUCUCUGGCCAAGAUCAGGACAAGCUUGAACGCCGCAUCAACAGGUACAUGGGCAUGGUGCCCGGCGACGCUGGUCUACAAGUUUACAGCUACUCCGACAUACUCUCUGACCAAGACUUGGCCAAGAUCACCAGUCUGUGUACUACACACAACUACUCGCCUGAGGACUUCAUCAUCGAGGGUGGGGAGGUCUCCCAAUCCGAGCUGCCCAACGAGUUUGCAGCGCAGCAAGAUCCGACUAAAUCUGGACAGACUGUGAACCCUGAGGCCGAGGUCAUGGCGGUACCGCAAAAGGGACUUGGUCUGAAGACCUUGCGAGAAGUGCUCUCGUUUUUUACCGACAUUCAAGGCAGCGACAUUUCGAAACUGCCACUGAAUGAGCAGCGCGAGAUUCAGGCUCGACUUGAAAGAGACUGCGUCGAGGCAGCCAUCAGCCGAUGGAGAGAAGAGCACCAAGCUCUGAUGAAGAUGGGAAGAAACACAUCCUUAUCUACCAAUGCACUCAACUCUCAGCUCUACGACUGGCAAUGCGCUCUGGAGAAGCGAAUUGAAGAGGACAUAGCGGUCUUGGCCAAGGCUGAAACCCAACAAACGAAAUCCUCGGAGGAUAUUGACAGAAUUCUCAUUGCCCCUUUCCUACGACAAUCCACCCCAGCUCGGUUGGCCGCCGUUACUAUCCUCAGUACACUCAAUCAAACGGCACAGGCUCCCACUGAUAACGGCGCGACGAUCGCCACGGCGGUCUCGAACCUCGCAAAAGCUUUGGAAGAGGAUGUUCGUCUCUUUCAAAAUCACGAGGCCAGGAAGGCCAAAAAGGCUCAACGACGUGUUCUGCGUCGUCAGGCUGCUGAGUCUGAACAGUCCACCAUGCCACCAUCGAUCGCUACUCCCACGAACAAGAGCCCAGCAAGUAACGUUGUAGAACCAACGUCAUAUGAUGGACAAGCGUGGCCUGUCGCUAUCAAGACGAAACUGGGUGCUUUCCUGACGCUGGCUCUGAUUGACACGGCCAAGAUCACGGUCUCUCGUGAGCAUCCGUCGACAAAGCAGCUGGUAAGCCAAGUCCAGCCUGCAUUCUCCCGUAGCAGCAUCUUCAAGAAGGGCAAACGCGUUGGAAUGGUUUGCCCCAACAAACAUCUUACGGAGCUCAUGAAACGAGAGCCUCGGGGUGAUUUUCUGGCAAGACAUCUGCCAAUGCUCGUGCAACCUGAUUCCUGGACCAAGUUUGACAAGGGUGGCUUUCUCGAGUUUCCCUCGACCAUUAUCCGCGUCAAGAAUGGUGAAAAGGAUCAGAAAGUAUACACAGAAGCAGCAAUUCAAAGAGGUGAUCUCGACCAAGUUUGCAAAGGUCUGGAUGUGCUCGGGCGGACAGGCUGGAAAGUCAAUCGCCCCGUUUUCCAGGUCAUGCUCGACGCUUGGAACACUGGUGAGGGCAUCGCCAAUUUUCCCCCACUUAACCCCGACAUGCCUCUCCCCCCUGAACCCGAGGCUUCUGAGGACCCAAUGAUCCGGAAGACGUGGAUUUCACAGGUCAAGCUCAUUGAAAAUGAGAAGUCGGGACUCCAUUCCGAACGUUGCUUCAUCAACUUCCAGAUGGAAAUAGCCAAUGCCUUCAAAGAUCAGACCUUCUACUUCCCACACAACAUGGAUUUCCGUGGCCGUGCAUACCCGAUUCCAACAUACUUGAACCACAUGGGCGCUGACAACGCCCGCGGUCUUCUACAGUUUGCAAAAGGCAGAGAACUUGGGGUUAGCGGUCUGAACUGGUUGAAGGUGCACCUUGCCAAUGUAUUUGGAUUUGACAAAGCCAGCAUCUCGGAACGCGAAGAGUUUGCCCUGAACAAUAUGGACAACAUCAUCGAGUCGGCAACUAACCCCUUGAAUGGCAACAAAUGGUGGCUAAAGGCUGAGGAUCCGUGGCAGUGUCUAGCCGCAUGUUUCGAACUGAAAGCGGCCAUGAGUUUACCUGAUCCUACAAAAUACGUUUCUCAUCUCCCUGUCCACCAAGACGGCACCUGCAACGGUCUGCAACACUAUGCUGCUCUCGGAGGUGAUCUGUGGGGAGCGCAACAAGUCAACCUCGAACCUGGCGAGCGUCCCGCAGAUGUCUAUUCUGCCGUGGCUGAUCUGGUCAAGGAGAGCAUUGUAAAAGACGUCGAGACAGGCAACCCUCUAGCCAAGAUCAUGAAUGGCAAGAUUACGCGCAAAGUCGUUAAGCAAACAGUCAUGACAAACGUCUACGGCGUCACAUUCAUCGGCGCUCGAGCUCAAGUACAAAAGCAGAUCGAAGCGGCCUAUCCUAAGAUCAAGGACCAGACGGGCAUACCACCUGUACUUCUUGCUUCUUACGUUGCUUCGAAGAUCUUCAAAGCUUUGUCAACAAUGUUCAGUGGUGCUCACGAUAUUCAGUACUGGCUUGCGGAAUGUGCCGGUCGCGUAUGCCGGGCCUUGACGCCAGAACAGCUUGACAAGAUGGCUGAAGAUUCGGAAGCGUUGAUGGCAACAGAAGCAGGCGGCGCGUCAGCUAGCCCCAGAGAAGCGAAAUCUGCCAGUAUGAAAAAGGCUAGCCUGAAGAACAAGAAGUCGAAGAUUGGCCAUGGUGAUCUCUUAAGCCAAUGGAGAUCGACAAUCGUCUGGACCACUCCACUACGUCUCCCUGUUGUGCAGCCGUAUCGAAAGGGCAACACACGCACGAUUACGACUGCUCUUCAGGACCUGAACCUUGUGAUUCCUGAGCGGUCCGACCCCGUGAACCGGCGCAAGCAACUGCAAGCCUUCCCGCCUAAUUUUAUUCACUCACUUGAUGCUACUCACAUGCUCCUAUCUGCGUUAGAGUCUGACGAGAAAGGCUUGACGUUUGCUGCCGUUCACGAUUCAUUCUGGACACACGCAGCGGAUGUUGACGUUAUGAACGGGGUACUACGAGAUUCUUUCAUUCGUAUUCACAGUGAGGACGUCGUCCAACGACUUGCCGCCGAAUUUGAAGCGCGAUACAAAGGCUCCCUUUAUCUCGCCAAGAUUGAGUCUGGAUCUCAAGUGGAGAGGGACAUUGUUGAGUUCCGCAAGGGAGCGCGUCUCCAGCUCCACGAUGAGGUUCUGUUGGAGCGUGAGCGACAACGACUUCUUCAGUCUACAGACCCUGACGAAGUGUCCCGUGGACGAAGCAUGAGGACCCCUGCAAGUAUCUUUGAAGAGCAUAAUGCACAGCAGGUAUCCGACGCUGCAAUCGAAUUUGGCGAUGUCGGCUUUGGCCAAGUGCCUCCUCCUGAAGAAGUGGUCAAGUCUGCACUCGAAGAAGUCGCGGACGCAGAUGUUACCUCACCAAAAUCACCUUGGGCUAAAACGAUAAAUUUCAACGUUGAGGAUCCCCGAAAACUUAAGAACUAUCUUGAAGUCAACGGAUUUGAAGCCGAGAUCACCAAAACGGAGCCGAAGAAAACCCAUAAAGCUUCGUCGGUUGCGGGAGUAUGGCUUCCGAUAGCUUUCCCUGACGUGCCCAAGAAGGGAGACUUCGAUGUGAAGCGACUGAGAGGGAGUCAAUAUUUCUUCUCAUAA